AUGCAUGCCAGCACCAAGAGUUGGAACGGCUGCUGGACCUGUCGAGUCCGGCACAAGAAAUGUGAUGAGACUUUCCCGCAAUGCCAGACGUGCUCCUCCUUGCUCAUCACCUGCUACUAUACCGAAGAAAAGCCUGAAUGGAUGGACAAUGGUGAGCGUCAGCAGGACAUGGUGAACAGACUGAAACUCGAGGUCAAGGAGAAAGCUUCCAUGCGACGCGCCAUGGGCUACAUACGUGAAGCCGAAGAACGCCAGAAUAACGAUAGCAGAGGGUCACAGUAUCUAUUACCGCAUCGUGGUCCGAACAACAAUGCUCGCAUCACCUCGCAGCAGCAGUCGCAAGCUCCAGCUGAAACCCCUCCCAAACCUCAGCCAAGGAAAGUCUGGCCAGGUUGCGAUGCAGGCUUCAUGUCCUACUACCUCGACUUCUUUUUCCCAUUCCUUUUCCCCUUCUACAGACCGCACAUGCUCGAAGGCGGCCGCUCCUGGCUUCUCGAGUUCCUCAACGAAGCUGAAGGCAUGCAGCAGUCAGCCAUGGCCUUCAGUUCCUACCUGUUUACAAUUGUGCUAGACGCUUCGGAAGCUGGCCACGAGUUCUGUAUCAACAUUAACUGGGAUAAGAUGCUAGCUGAAAUGAGCAAUACUUUUACGGGACUGAAAAAUGAGGUGGCCUUGCUCGGCGAGACUUCGAUGGAUAGUCCGGCGGAGCUCUCACGGGCAGUGCGGAUAUUGGGUGUGAUUACACACCUGCAGCGAUUCGAGAUUGCUACAUCUGGAUUCGCGAACUGCAAGAUGCACCUUGAUGCUGCUGUGCAGGCAUUCAAAACAAUCUUGGGUGCCGAUGUUGCGAAUUCACACCUGGAUGUUGGCUCCAGAUUCUUCCAAAUAAUGGCUCACCUCGGACCGUCACCAUGGCCAAAACCUUACCUAUCAUAUCAAAUCACCAGCCCCGAACAAGUAGCGUUUCGUUUCUUUGCUUCUUUGUUGGUAGCCGAUGAUAUAAUCGCAAGCACGUCACUUGGCGAGGAACCUCGCCUCUAUCAUUAUCACGCCCAGCUUAUGGCGGACGAGCCCGAGAAUCAAUCAGCCGUUGACCUUGAAGUCAUCACAGGAUGUCAAAAUGGUGUCAUGCAGCAGAUUGGUGAGAUCUCAUUUCUGGCGGCUUGGAAGCGACGGCAGAGACGCCAAGAUGAUGCGAUGGCUUUAGAGCUUGCCCGACGAGGGGCUAGCAUCAAAGACCGGCUGGAGGGUCGCCUUGAGUUACUUGAACGUGCCACUGAGCCUGUAUCUCGCGUUCCGAGCGGGAUAACUAGGCUGUUUGCUGGUUGGCAGCAAGAGCCUACAUUCCCAGCUAUGCAAUCACGGCACAUAACGCAGAUCUGGGCCCAUGCCGCCUUGAUAUACGACCUGGUCACAAUCAACGGCUCCUUGGAUCCGACGAAUCCUGAUAUAUGCGCGCAUAUAGUCAAAAUAAUGCAGAUCAUAGAUCAGAAACUCACACCACCGGAGCUACUACGUAUGGUCGCCUGGCCGUUCUGCGUGGCGGGUUGCCUGGCAAAACCGGAGCAGCAGUCCUGGUUCCGUCGCAAGGGUAGGGAUCUGGAGCCACCUGGAUUGUUUGUGACUGUGCGCAAAGCACUGGAGAUUAUGGAGUCUACCUGGGUGAGGAUGGAGGCUCAGGAGUACAGUUCGCUUGGUAACACUAACAUGGCAAGCUGCUUUGCGGCUACUGGUGAGAUAAUAUUCUUGAUAUAG